GUUGAUCAAAAGGAGUCACACACUUUCUCUUCAUAUUAUUGGCUGUAACGAAUACUCAUUCCCACCCCUAGCUAUAAAACUGCAUCGUUAUAGCGAGACUAGCGGGAGGAUCGGCUCCGAUUCUGAUCUGAAAAUAAUUAAAAGAAGGGAGGGGGAAAAAACCAUGCGGAUGAGUGCCAACAGGCAGCUGCGGCUGACUUACGGAUAUUAGCGAUGUAUCCGGUACAGGCCGAUGAUGAGUUCGAAGACUCCAUAUAUAAUGACUCUUUAAACUCGGCCAGCUUUGUUACCUCUUUGAACUCCAGCAUCCUCAACUAUAAAUACGAGAAUGGCCGCCGUUAUCAUGCGUUUCGCGAAGGUACCUAUCUAGUGCCAAACGAUGAGGAAGAGCAAGACCGUAUGGAUCUGGCCCAUCACGUAUAUCGCUUACUCCUCGGAGGGGCUCUCUAUCUUGCUCCUAUCCAGGCUGGCAUCCAGCGGGUACUAGACCUCGGCACGGGAACUGGUAUAUGGGCGAUUGACUUUGCAGAUGAACAUCCCUCUGCACAAGUUACUGGGACAGAUUUAAGUCCUAUUCAACCUCGAUGGGUACCACCAACUUGCACAUUUGAGAUCGAUGACUAUGAGUCCGAUUGGUUAUAUACCAGACCAUUUGAUUUCAUACAUGCCCGUGAACUAGAAGGCUGCAUAGGCAACGAUGUGAAGUUCUUCAAACAAGCAUUCAAGCACUUGGCUCCUGGAGGAUACUUUGAACUGCAAUCGGUUACAUCGCCUUUCCUGUGCGAUGAUGAUACGCUUCACAAGGCUGUCAACGCCAACCUGUGGAUGGCCAAUCUUGUCGAAGGCUUGAGGAAGUUCGGCAAGCCGAUUGACAAUGUCGGCGGAUGGAAAGAUAAACUUAAAGAUGUCGGCUUCGUAGAUGUACAUCAGGAAAUCCGUAAGCUUCCAAUCGGACCGUGGCCGAAGGAUCCGAAGUUGAAGGAGAUCGGCAAAUAUCAAGGCGUCCAGGAACUGCAAGUCAUUGAUUCCUAUACACCCGCUCUAUUCUCACGUAUCCUUGGGUGGAGCCAAUCCGAGAUCCAGGUCUUAAUAGCUAAGGUCAAGGGUGAGUUGAGAGAUCCGUCAAUCCAUCUGUAUCUCCCUGUUUAUUUCAUAUAUGGGCGAAAGCCUUUAUGAUUUUGAUUGGCAUCUGCCUCCACCUUUCUUUUUCACUUUCUUUCUUUCCUUUGUCGCCGUUCUUUUCCCUGAAUUAUCUUUCUGAUACCAAGCGCUUGGGCUUCCCCAUCUUUCACAUCAAACCCUUGUAUAGUCGGGCAACAUGCCCAGGAAUAUCGAUUUGGCGUUUCUUUCUUUGCUUAACGUUGCCAUGGUUUGCAAGUCAAGGGCAUUUACGCAUUAUUGUCUUGAAAAUGAAGAAACAGAAAUGAUUUAACGUUCCAUGAAAGUGCCCAUGACCUUUUACUCUCCCAUACGACGUGCUUGUGAUUGUCUGCUCUGGGAGGAUGCACGUCUCAAACAUAGGCUUCUACAUGGUCAGGAUGAUCAAACCGGAAUACCAUGCGGUUCCAAGAAAGAAAGUAAAGG